AUCAGUUUAUUUGGAAAAAACAAUUAAGCUAUAUCCUGCAAAAAGAAUUGCCAUUUCAGAAAUAGAAGUAAUUCAUCAUAAAAUUUUUGAUGCAUUUUUGAAUGGUACCAAGUUUAACAUUCAGAAGAACACAAUGUCGUAAGUUUUUACUAUUCAUUCUUUCAUUCAUUCAACGAAGACUUGCUGAAUGCUUAUAAAAUGCCAGGCACUGUUUGAGGUUCCAGAGUCUUAGAAGUGAACAAAAUGUAAAAUUAUAUACCUGUUUUUAGGGGUUCUCGUUCUGUUGAUAACCUGUUAGCCAAAAUGGUGAAGGCUCCGCGUUCCUCGAGUUCUGCAGCUCUGUGCUCUCGCUAGCUGGUCAUUUCCAGAGGAGCGCGCCGUGAGCCGCAGAGGGCAGCAGAACACCAUCCCGUGGCCAGGCCGAAUGACACGUGCCGCAGAUGUCAGUACACCAGACCUCAGACACCUAGUACAAAGACAGAAUGUGAAAUGCCACAUUGCUAAGCUUUAGUUGAGCACCAGUUCAAAUUAAAUUAUUUUUGACAGGUUAGAAUAAACUAACACAAUUCUGUAGUUUCUUUUUACUUUUAAUGUGGCUUCUAGAAAUUGUGAAAUGACAUAUGUGGCUCGUGGUAGUGACUUGCAUUAUAUUUCCAUGGGACAGCUUCCCUCUCAGGCUUACACUUGGUAAAGGAGAGGUUUCGUUUUGCUGGGUCAGAGCUGUUGUUAGGAAUGUGUGCGGCUCAGCUGGUCGUUUUGCUGCUGAAACUUGAACACAUGUGUGAGGUUGAAGUAACCUGAUAGAGCCAUGAUCUUCCAAAACAUCUAAUCUUUUCUUUUUUCCCCCCCACAUCUCUCCCGUCUGAACCUUGGGGACGCCUCACAAAAUAGCACGCAUUUCUGGGGCCCUGUCGCCAACUGGGGUCUUCCCAUUGCUGCCAUCAAUGACAUGAAAAAGUCUCCAGAGAUUAUCAGUGGGCGGAUGACAUUUGCUCUCUGUUGCUACUCGCUGACCUUCAUGAGAUUCGCCUACAAGGUGCAGCCUCGAAACUGGCUCCUGUUCGCCUGCCACGCCACCAACGAGGUAGCGCAGCUCGUUCAGGGAGGACGCCUCAUCAAGCACGAGAUGAGUAAAAAGGCAUAAGCCUGCCAGCGGGAGAGGAAAAGCCCGGGUGUGGAGGGACAGCCUUGCCGGUGCCGCUGAGUCACGGAUUCCAUCCUCAGAAGAGUCUUGCUGAGGAAAUAAGCUGAAUGCUAUUUUUACUAACCAAUUUUUCUAGAAAUAGCUGAGAGUCCCUAAAACAACUCUCUGCUGCCUUACAUGCCCUGAAUAUCCUUCUCUUCAUGAAGAGUCCGUGUGAUGGUUUUAUCUGCAGUAAUGCAUACAUUACUUGGUAGAAUUUACUUAAUGAGUAACUGAAGAGAGGAAAUUGGGAUUUUUAGACACCGACGGCUGGCCACGGGCCCUGUCCCUGCUAGUGGUCGAGAGCGUGUCUCUGCUUCCAUGCGGCAUGCCUCCACAAGUGCUGGAACUUAAUGGCAAUAAAUGAUUUAAAUACUCAUCAAA